GAUUUGUGAAGUUGUAUGUUAGAAUUUAUUUUUGACGAGGCCUGGCUUCGCAUGAUCUCACGAAUUAGGGGUUAAAUGGCUAACAUACUGGAGUCAGUUUUCAUUUUUUUUGUAUAGCUGAGAAGUGUGAACUGAAGAUGGUGAAGUUGACGAUGAUUGCCCGUGUUACUGAUGGUCUUCCACUAGCAGAGGGACUGGAUGAUGACCGCAAUUUAAAAGAUGCUGAAUUCUACAAACAGCAAGUCAAGGCCCUGUUUAAAAAUCUCUCAAGAGGUCAGAAUGAGCCUUCAAGGAUGUCAAUUGAAACCGGUCCUUAUAUUUUCCAUUAUAUUAUUGAAGGACGCGUUUGUUACUUGACAAUGUGCGACCGUGCUUAUCCUAAGAAACUUGCCUUUCAAUACCUUGAAGACCUCAAGAACGAAUUUGAGCAUGUCAACGGAGCUCAAAUUGAAACUGCUGCCAGACCUUAUGCUUUCAUCAAAUUUGAUACCUUCAUACAGAAAACGAAGAAAUUGUAUCAGGACACCCGUACCCAGCGGAAUAUAGCAAAGUUGAAUGAUGAACUCUAUGAAGUGCACCAAAUAAUGACUCGCAAUGUUCAGGAAGUUCUUGGUGUGGGUGAAAAGUUGGACCAGGUCAGUGAAAUGUCUAGUCGAUUGACAUCAGAAUCUCGUAUAUAUGCUGAUAAGGCAAGAGACUUAAAUCGACAGGCAUUGAUUCGGAAAUGGGCCCCGGUUGCCAUUGUGUUUGGAGUUGUCUUCCUUCUCUUCUGGGUCAAAACAAAGAUCUGGUGAUCCAACUGACCACUCUGAAAACAUCGCGCAUUUGCUGUGCUUCUGUUGGCAUAAUAGUUCUAGAGUCCGGGUCUGUUGCCCAUCCACAUGCAUACUUGAGUUGUGUUUCAAGAUGAAUUUUAGUCUUGGUGGAGGGCAUUGGCUAAGGAAGCUAGUUCAGUAGGUACCUCGGGGGAAUAGAUCCGCACAAGGAGCUGUGAAAGAGAGACAUGUUGCCUUUUAAGACCAGAUAAAGUGCAAAAAUGUAUUUUUUCAGAAAAAAAUUGAGAA